UAUUCUUCCCUGUGAUCUCCGGUCGAACAUGGGCGCUACAAAGCGGAGUGAAAUAAACAAACGUUCCUCGGUUUUGCUCUUCCAGGACUCUCGUAGCGGCGGGCUGGCACCGAGCUGCCUCCACGUUCCCCCCCGCUGCCUCCACGGGCGGGGAAGCGUGUGCCAGGCACCGGCUGCUGCCCGCGGUGCCCGCCCGGCGGCGGCGGGUCCGAGGCGGGCACCGCUCCUCCGCCGCUGGGGGGCGCUGCGAGGGCGGCGCUGCGGCCCCUGUUGGUGGUGGGGAGCGGGGCUUAGCCCUGAGGCCCCGCCCCGCCACCACUCGGCGGGCUCGCGCCCGGGGCUCUGAGGCGGCCCUCGUGAGGGGGGAGCCCGGCCCUGAGGGGGAAAGGGCGGUGGUGAGGGGAGAGCCCGGCCCGCAGGGCACUGAGGGAGGUUGUUCUGGUCCCCUGCUUCUCCAGCGUGCCGCCACAAGCUACAUCGAGCCGUUAGGGUCUGGCUCGCUGCCUCUGAGGGGGUUCUUCCAUUAGAGCUCAGCUAAUAAACAACAUUCCAGUGCAGCAAGUGCAUUUAUUCACUGCAGACUUGGAACUGUAGCAAAAUGGAGAAAUCUCAAAGCAGAUUAAAAUGCCUUGAGGUGCAUGAAAUCCAACCACUACCUAGGCCUGAAAUACACGCAGUUGGGCAAUCCAUUGCUUCCCAGCAUUCUGGACAGUUUCAGGACAGAGGUUAUUACUGUCUGCAUCAAGCUGGGUAUACCUGGAAUCAAGGAAGAAGGUUAAAAGAAUUCCAGAUCAGAUACCUAGAAAGGAAGUUCUUUUACCUGUGGACAAAAAAGACAUUUGGACAAGUUCUUCCUUCCAGUGCAAGAUGCUUUUAUGAUCAGAAGAUUCUUCAAAAAACAUUCAGAGUAUGGAAGGAGCGGUGGCCUGUUUGCAGAGAAAGGAAGUUGAUCCUCAGAGCUGACAACCACUACAGGCACUUACUCCACAAUUUGAUAUUCAAAGCUUGGAGAGCUUAUGUGUGCCAGCAACAGCAAAAGAGGAUGAAAUACUAUGUUGCAGAGUCUCAUGCAAAGAAGCAAAAACUACUCAGGACCUGGCAGCAUUGGCUGAUUUAUGUUGAUGUUCAAAGGACAAAACAAAGUAUGCACACUGUGGCACUGGCAUUCAGGGAAAGAAGCUGUUUGCGCAUAUCAUGGGCAGUGUGGAGAAGACGAUGCUAUCAGAACCAUGCUGGACGUAAAAUGAACGUUUUGGCUCUGCAGCAUUGGGCCCAGAGCCUACAGUUUCGAGCUUGGUUGCAGUGGCGAGAGCUCUAUUUAUACAUCCAGAGUGACAAGCAGAAGGAGACUAAGGCAGUAACUCACCAUCUGCACGUGGAAUUGAAGAAAAGCAUGAAAGCAUGGCUGGGGUACUUAGAACUUCACAGAGCAAAGAAAUGUCAGAACGAGCUAGCUCAAGAGCAUCACCAAGGCAGGAUAAUCCGUCAGUGUUUCUCAAAUUGGCGGCAGUCAUGGGAGUGCAGGAGAAGAGCACAUGCUCAACAAAAGGAGAUAGAAAAACUGUCAGCGAGGAUUGCAUUAUGGAGAGCUUUUGCACACUGGAAGCAUUAUGUUGUACUGUGUGUGGAAGAGACCCAGCAGUGGGAGCUGGCUGAAAAACAUCACAGGCAUCAUCUGCUGAAACUUGGGUUUAAGGGUCUUCAGCAGAAUGUUAUGAACACUCGUCUUCAGCAAAUGAGAAAAAAUCUGUCAUACCGUCAGUAUCAGAUUACAGUGCUGCAGAAGUUCUGGAACCUCUGGAAGUCCCGUUUGGAAGAGAAGGAGGAAGAACAACAGCAGGCCUUAACAUCCUUGGCUCAUGCACGUUACAGGAAGAUGUUGAUGAGACGGAUAUUUGACACGUGGUUGUUGAAGGCGUGCAAGGAGCAAGAAUACAGAAUGGAAGAGAAAAAGGCUAUAUUUCAUUUUGAAAGGCAACUGCUCGUUUGCUUCUGGUGCCUCUGGUGUAGAAGAACAGCUGCACGUCUGGAAGAGAAAAAGGGGUUGGCUUGUGCAAGAGAUCACUACAGGGACCUGCUGCUGCUAAAGGCUUUUUGUCUGUGGAAACAAAAAACUCAAGAGAGAAAAAUGGAGAGGCUCAAGGAGAGCCAAGCCCUAAGAUUUCACUAUUCAAAGUGUCUGCAGCAGUCUUGGAACAAGUGGAGAAAGUAUGUGGGACAUCGGUGUGAGAAAUGGACAAAGCUGGUGCAAGCAGAUAGGCACUAUCAGCACACACUACUGAGCAAGACAUUGGCAGCCUGGAAGAGUUAUCAACAUAAUGUUCAGUGCAUCCUACACCAAGUAGCUGAAAAGGAGAAACAGCACACUAGACUACUGCUGCGACAGAUUUUGUGUAAAUGGAGAGAAAAUGCCCUUUCCUUUAUCUGUGAAGCUAAGGCAACUGUUCGAGCAGAAGCACACUACAGGAGAGUAAUCCUGUCAAAGGUGUUUCUACAGUGGAGGUACGCUGCCUUACUACAAAUGCAUUACCGUCAGCAGAAGGUGACAGCUGUGAUGGAGGCCAGAAAACAUUUGGAUAUGGUGCGUUUACAGACCCUGUUUCUUCACUGGAAGGAAUCUACUAGGGAGUCUCUGAUACUGAGGGCUCAGCAACACAAGGCAGUGCAGCACCACCAGCAGCACCUGCUGCAGAAGCACUUGGAAAAAUGGAAGAAAUACCAUCAGCGGUGUGUUGGGAAAAUGCUGCUACAGAGAAAGGCAGAUCAGCUAAUGACUGACAGACUUUGCUCUACUUCCUUCUCCUGCUGGAAGACACGGCUGUUGCAACAGCAAUGGGAAAAGCAGAAGACAGUGCAAGCAUUGUGGUACUGGUCUCUUUCGUUGCAGAGGAAGGUAUUCAGUGCUUGGCUGAGAUUUGUCCAAGUGCAACAGGAGAGGAAAGAUCGCAUUGAAGAAGCCACAGAAGUUUAUCGUACUGCUCUCAUAAGAGAAGGUGUAAGUUGGAUCUUGAGGUACACUGCUGGCAUGAAACAAUUGCGGGGACAGCUCCAAGCCCAGCACCAGAUAAAGGCAGCCUACAAUCUUCACCAGACAGUCUAUCGUUGUGCAAUGCUCUGGAGACAGAAAACUCUCUACAAAAAAUUAAAUAAGCCUUGUUCGUUUGGGUCACCUCUGAAAAAGCAAGUGACGUUUAAAAUACCUGAUGUUAGCCUUGAGACAAAAGGACGUUCAGCAGAGGAAAAGCUGUGGCCUUCAAAAUGCAAUGAUCUACCAUUUCACUUUGCUGGUGGUGAUUCAAUUCUCAGUGAGCUGAAGGCUGUACAACAGGCAAGAUUACAACCACAAAGACCUAACUUCCUUCUGGAAUCUCUAGAAAACAAGGAGCUGCUGGGAACUCCUUUUUCAAGAUCAGGGACACCUUUUCAGCAAACAGAUGGGAACAAAUGUUCUUCUCAGAGUGGGAACUUAAUGCCAACAACUGAAACGGAAGAAAGCACCUGUAAAUGGCUUUCUCAGAUGGGCAGUACCACUCAUUCCAACUCAUCUCUGACACACACUGCUCUCCCAUCUGUACCGUUGUGGACACGUGAUGUGCACUGUGCUGUUCAGAAGCCAAAGCUACAGUCUCCUUCAUUUUUUAUGCCCCAAGAGAAAGCUGGGUCAGAAAUGAGGGGAGGUCAGCCUGUGCAUGGUCACACAGGAGCCCAUUCCCAAGGCUGUCAACAGAGAGAAGAGUUGGAGAAGUUGCGAUCAAACUUAAAGUCACAGUUGCUGUCACCUGAAGACUUAGUUGGAAAACAGAGUCACCAAAAUGCAGCUGAAUGGGAAGAAAGGAGGGAGCACAGUACCAAAGAAGAAACAUUCCAGAGACAGCUGGAAGCAGAGCUCCGACACAUUCAACAGCAAAUGCAGUACUACUUCAGCAGGAAGCAAGAACUCAAGUCCUGUCAGCAGCAGGCACGGAUUCUAUAUAAGUGGCUAGAAAUGAGUACACAACUAGAGGACCAAGACAGUGUACAAAAAGUUCGGGAAGAAUUGGAUCAGUUGGAGUUGAGGAUCAACACUCUAACCAAAGCACAACAAGAAGAGAGACGUCAUGUGCAGAACAUGGUUGCCCGCCUGCAUGACAUUCAGAUUGCCCUGGAUAUGUAAUUCACGUGAACCAAUCUUCCAGCUGAUGGGAACAGAAACCAACCUGGAAAAUGACGUCGGUGUGACACCUUCCAGUCAGUGGGCGAGUGGAAGCAGUGGUAGUCCCCUGGUGCAAGGUAGAUUACACAAUGAUAGAGCUCAUUCCCCUCCUUUGUGACUAGCUGUUGCUGAAAGGAGUUACCAGGUGAGGCUGCAAAGAAACCAUGGAAAAAAUGGGGUUAAAGAUACUCUAUGGCCAUUAUUUACCAUAGCUGAGCACUCUACAUUAGAAACUGUGCUAAAAACAGAGGACUAAAUGCAGUCUACAUACUUCAGUAAGACUAGAAAAAGAUACCCUUAAACCCAGGAAUCCAUUAUUUCAAAGUAUUCUUUUCUCUUUAAAACAAAGGAAGCCUGUACUCUUUCGAUCAUUUUAGAUAUUCAUUUGGUUUGGAGUUUACUUUUCCCUAAAUAGAGCAGCAGAAACUGAAAUCCACUUAACACCAAAUUUUUCUUAAAGCUACCCUUUUGAGAACAGAAUUUGUGAAAAGGUCAUAGGCUUAUUUAAUAAAGUAGUUGCAUUUGUGCUCAUGUUGAAAAUAACUGUUUGCAGAACCUGGUCUUUCUAUUCCCCCCUCCAGUUUAGCAAAACAUGUUUCUCUCAUCAAAGCUCAAAGCCUUGAGCCUUGCUCAAGACGCAGCAGAAGUGGUAACAACACAAGUCAAUGGAGUAUAGUGCUCGUGCACAAAACAUGUUACAGAACAGCUUGUACGGUCUUUGCUAACCAGGUGCUCAGGCACAUUUCAGUCUGUCAGCAGGAAAGCUGUAGCAUUGUUACAGCAGCAGACCUUGGAAUCAGUUGUAAUUGUUAAUAUAACCACAUAAAAAGUAACUAAGCAGUCUAACUGGAUGAAUCAGAACAAAACAGACAGUAUAAUGCUACCCAUGCACAACCAGAACUGUAACAGUGACAUGUUUAUCCCCAAAUAGAACAAAAAUGAGAACUGCUUUUGUUCCAGGAAAUGUGAGGGGGGGGAGAAAGUAUUUUGUCUUGAUCUCUGAGAACACUGUAAUGGACCAAGCAGAACAGGUGCAACUGAUCAAAACUUACCCUCCCUAAAAUGCAAGUCCUCUGUGCUGAUGCGAGGUCCCAAGAAAGAUUCCAGUGAAUAAGUAACCCCUUUUACUUGCUCCACUUCACAGUUCUUUACUUGUCCAAAAUUAAGGAUCUUUCCAUCAGAGGGGCUGAUCUACAGAAAAGAAGAAAAGAAAUGCAUUAGGAAUUCAUGCAUUCCUCAUCCUUCCAUCCAUCAGAGCAGGCAGACAUUUUUCUCUGGUGGAAACACGGCAGCUGGUAGCGUAGUGUUAAGCCUUCAUUUCCCUUCACUCACCACACUGUGCAAACAGCAGACUGGCCGUGCUUGUGGUUUCAGCUUCCUGCGAAAGAAUUCACUGAGGUUUCUAUAGUGAUGCAGAUCUUCAACAGCUGCCUCCUUCAUGUUUACUCCGAAUGUCCAAAUGUACAGGCUGUAAACAGGCUUCCGAAGCCAUGUAGGCAGCUCCACCUGGUUCAGGCGACCCCAUGCUCGUGAGAGCAGUCGAGUUGGUACCGAUUUGUACAGAGCAACCUGAAGAAAGAAUUAACAGGAUGUCCUUCAGUUCUUCCCAUUGAUGGUUUUCUCUCAUUUCUUCACAUAAAACAAAACAGGAUCAAGCUGUUCUGCUAAACACUCCCUUAGCACACGUGAAGUAGCUUUUAAGUCAGCAAAAAAUCAACAUCGCACUUACAUCCUCACUCCCUGCACUGUGAUGAGAGCAAAUAAGGGAUAGGAUGAAAUUUACUAUAACCUUAUGUUGAAGCCAGAAACUUUAUUCCCUAGCAGGCAGAAGCUUGUGAUUCAAAUUACUGGAAACUGCCCAAUGUGAGGCUUACAGAAAAAUACAUGUGCUAGUAGAAUACUUAUCAGAAGAGCAUAACAUUACCAAUAUUCCUCUAUGAACCACCAAAUGAAAACUGAGAGAAAAAUAAUUUCUCGGUAUUUGAUAACACAAUUCUCAGAUAUAUCUACUAAUGAAGGUAUUUUCUACAUCCCAGUAUCUCUAAUGAUACUUGUAUAAUUGAAGAAAAAUACCCAACCCAUGUGUAUGCACCUAACCUGAUAUAAACUUCUGCCGGCCUUACUCAUUCUUUUGCAACAAUGGGAGUUGCUAAUUGCAAGAAUAAAGUUUAUUCCAGCAAAAAUAUGUUUACCUUUGGACUUGCAUCAAAGCAUACGUUUUAGUAACGAGAAUAAACAAAUGAAACAA